UUUCUCUCAGUGUAUCAUAUUUGCCAAUCUUUUACUUCAAGCCCUCGUUCUGGUGGCGGCUGGUACCCGCCAUCUACCCCGGACCUUCGUGAUUCUUGUCUGCGGUCACCCGCCCACAUGGUGGCCUUGCGAUCGUCGCCAUGCCCUCAGACAUCCAGGUUUUCGUGAAAUGGAAGGAUCAAACGAUAUUCGCCGGGGAAGAUGUGGAAUGUAUCAUUACCUUCAAGAACGUUGCGGAGACGAACGGAGAACCCCGGAACGGGGGGCAGUCCUCGCAUCAGAGACAUCCAUCGCGAGCUACCAGCUCACAUUCAGAGUCACUGUUUUCGCUCAGGUCACCUCAGAAAUUCUUCUUCAGUCCACACCGCCGCUCAUACUCUAGUGUAUCCAAGAAGAGCCCGCCGCAUCGCCCGUCCUCAUCAGUGAGCUCACCGUUGAUCGGUUCUCACAGCUUUCCGCCCCCGUCCACCCCUCGCAGCGGUCCACCUGCUGGUGGAAAGCACAAACGCUCAGUAUCUAUUCUUUCUAUUGAUAGCGAAACAACAGGAGAGCCGACCCCCAGAACAUCUUCACAGUUCAGUCGAUCGAGGCCGGUUAGAAGCCAUGGGCGCGCGGCGAGUCUACAGGUUCUUCCGAGGAGGAAUGAGUUCUAUGAGGAUUCGUUGGCAAAAGCAGGACGCAACACGUACCGUGGCUUUCCACCCCCGGAGUCCCCGGUCACUUCGUCUCCUGGAAACCCACGAAUAGACAUCGAUGAUGUAGGAGGACCUACUUCCCAGCCCUCAUUCGAAUUACCUCGUACACCUGCGCGUCGGCCUCAAUUGCCACCUAUCGAGUUCAAGUUUCCACCUUCGCCGGGGACUGAUACACAAUCUCGCCCUACACUAUCUCCUCUCGCAACACCCUUCGAAGAGGGUCCUGGACAGGCAAAGCCCAAUGGAAGGGAAUCGGCCACAUUAGCUGCCCCGGGCCAUCUGCCUCAACUCACCAGAAUCAUGUCGACCUCCAGCCUCACUGGUAGUCAUAGAAGCAGCAAUGAGUAUAACUCUGUCAGCGACAAUUCCUCAGAAACUCUGCAAUCCGAGUACACCAACUACUCAAUGGCGAUGCCGCGCCAGAAUAUUCCUCGCCACGCGCGACACAUGUCGAGUAUUGAGUAUCCGGGAGUAGUGCCCAAGAGCCAGACUCUACUCAUGGGCUAUGCCCAAAUCAGUGCAUCUUUUACUGUUGACGGUUCGCUGAUUCAUCAGUCACAUUUCGAGGAAGUGAAGCGAAAAGGUGUUGUCGGUGGUGCAGGGUCUGCGCCGGGUAUGAACAGCGGGAAACCGGCUAUGAACAGCGAUAAGAACCGCAAGGGGGGCGGUUUCUGGGGUGCGUUCAAAUGGAAUGCGAUCGAAGAGUCUCUGAGCGGUUUGCUCUCCAAUAAUGAGUUGGAUGGCCUACGAGAUAUGCGAGGAGUUACGUCUUCGAAGUCUAUACCAUUGCUGUCUACUACCCAGUCCCUUCUCUUCGUGGACCUACGACUGGCACCGGGAGAAGAGCAGUCUUACUCCUUUACAUUUACCCUGCCAUCGGGUCUUCCAGCCAGCCAUAAGGGGAAAGCUAUUAAGAUCUCUUACAAUCUCGUCAUCGGUACACAGCGGCCGAGUGGCCAUCAUGAACCCCAACGGGUCAACCGUAUCAGCAUACCCUUCCGCGUGUUCAGCGGCGUCAAUGGCCAUGGCGAGAUAAUGGGUCACGACCUGAUGAGCCCGUAUGUACUCCUUCGCGACGAAGCGCGAGUACAGAAGGUUGGCCCUACCCCGCCGCCGGCAGCCAAGCCCAAAAGCAUCAGUGGGCCGACGUGGACGUCAGCCCCAGACUUCUUGUCGUAUGUGGAUGACAUCCUAGAGCAGAGUGCACGCCAGAAUUCGCUGCAACCGCCCGAAGCAACGCCCGAGAAGCGCGCAAGUCGAGACACAUCUACGGCGCACCUCACUUGCAAGGACGCUAUUGAUCUUGCCAUUCUGCGAAGCAACCAGGCGCUCGGUUCCUCGCGCAGUCCUAACCGGUUUGAGAUUGCCCGAGACGGGCGCCGAAUUGCUGUUGUGGUACUCAACCGUCCGGCGCACAGGCUAGGCGAAACCAUCAUCGCCACCGUCAACUUUGCAGACGCGGCACUUCCCUGCUACGCCCUGCGGGCGACAUUAGAAAGUUCAGAGAGGGUGGCAGGACACCUAGCCGUGCGAUCAAACGCCAGCAUCCGCCGUGCGACUCGAAAGAUUCAUGCCUCCUAUUUCGAAAAUACCCUGUAUGCAACGCGCGUUGUUUUCAGUCCGGCUGUUCCGGUAUCGGCGACGCCGACCGUCAUAACCACUGGGGUAAAUCAUGAGUGGGAACUACGGUUCGAGUUUGUCACUAGCAGUAUUCACGAUGGUUCAGCCCCUUCGGGAGCGCGGUUGCUCGAAACCGUAUCGGAAGACGAUCGCGGGCGCAUCAUGUCCGCGUUAGAGAACUUGGGCUGCGAAUCGUUCGAGAUUUCCAUUCCUAUCACGAUUUACGGAGAGACAGUCCGGGAGCGAUUGCCCGAGGAGAAUGAAGGAUACUCUAUAUGAAUCAUGUCUGGGAUAGCUUGGCGCAUUCAUCAACAAGCCACAUCUAUUGUUCCAUCAGUCAGUCGCCUUCUGAAUGGUUCACCGACCCGGCGGAGGGUUUUGUUCUGCUAUGACGGCGAAUA